AUGUUAGAGCUUGUGAACGAGCAACGCGCGGCCAAUGACUUGUCAUCGCUAUGUAUGAAUAGCAAGCUGCUGGCGUCAGCACUGCGCCACUCAAACGAUAUGGCAACCAAUGACUUCAUGGCUCACAACGGAUCGGAUGGCUCCACCAUGGAGGAACGUAUUACCGAGGCCGGCUUCGACUGGACCGCCGUGGGUGAGAACGUUGCCGCUGGCCAGGAAACUGUAUCGGACGUCAUGACGGCCUGGAUGGACUCAUCUGAGCACAAGGCCAACAUCCUCGGCGACUACAAGAUGUUUGGUACAGCCUACGCCUACAACGCCGACAGCACAUACAUGCAUUACUGGACACAGGAUUUCGGCACGGGUGACGAUGAAUCCUGCGAGGGUAGCAACAGUGGCAGUACCACCAGCUCCCAGUCGGAUCAGACGCAGCAACAAGAAACCAUCACACAGGACGACGAGGUGGCUGGCGAAGCCUCCAUCACGUCGGAAACCACGUCACCGACCAUCGACACUGCGACUCCGACUGAGACUCCUGCAGCCACGACGGCCUCCUCAGCCACUAGCGACUGCAAGGCCAGACGUGCAUAAGUGCACUACAUGUAGUAGAUCAAAUGGAUGUGGGGCGAAGCACAGUACCUCCAUGCGUACAUGUAGAGAGAAGUUAACGUUAACUAGAUUUGUGCCUCAUUGCACUUCAGUGUGGAAACUGUAUUGCACCGGAACUUGAUGGGCGCGACUUCCACGAAACUGAAUUUCUUCGUUAGUGGCCGAUCAAGUACAUGUAGCAGCGUAGUGUG